AUGCGUCCCGAGGUCGAGCAAGAUCUCGCCCAUACCUUGCUUGUCGAGCUUCUGGCAUACCAAUUCGCAUCGCCCGUGAGAUGGAUCGAGACCCAGGAUGUCAUCCUCGGCGAGAAGACGACGGAGCGGAUAGUGGAAGUCGGCCCAGCAGACACCCUGGGUGGAAUGGCAAAGCGGACUCUGGCUGCCAAGUACGAAGCAUAUGAUGCUGCACGAUCAGUGCAACGUCAGAUCUUGUGCUACAACAAGGACGCCAAAGACAUCUACUACGACGUCGACCCAAUCGAAGACGAGCCUGCGCCAGCCCCGAGUGGUGACAGCGCCCCGGCAGCUUCAUCUGGCGCUCCAGCAGCAGCCGCUGCAGCUCCUGCGGCUGCAGCACCUGCACCUGCGGCGAGUUCUGGACCUGCAGCUUCUGUACCGGACGCACCAGUUGGUGCAGUUGAUGUGCUACGGGCACUUGUUGCACAGAAGCUCAAGAAGCCUCUCGCUGAUAUUCCCCUUAGCAAAGCCAUCAAGGACUUGGUUGGAGGCAAGUCCACUCUCCAAAAUGAGAUCCUUGGUGAUCUUGGAAAAGAAUUCGGCUCAACACCAGAAAAGCCCGAAGACACUCCUCUCGACGAACUAGGUGCCUCUAUGCAAGCCACCUUCAAUGGCCAGCUCGGAAAGCAAUCGACCUCCCUCAUCGCCCGAAUGGUGUCCUCAAAAAUGCCUGGUGGGUUCAACAUUACCGCGGUGCGAAAGCACUUGGAGACAAAGUGGGGACUGGGUUCCGGCAGACAGGAUGGUGUUCUUCUGCUCGGUUUGACCAUGGAGCCGGCAUCACGUCUUGGAUCCGAGAACGAUGGCAAGGCGUGGCUUGACGACGUCUCACAGAAAUACGCAACCCAAGCUGGCAUUAGCUUGUCCACUGGCCCUGCACCUGGUGAAGGCGGUGGCAGCGGUGGUGGCAUGAUGAUGGACCCAGCAGCGAUCGACGCCCUUACCAAGGACCAACGUGCCCUCUUCAAGCAGCAACUCGAGCUGUUCGCCCGCUACCUCAAGAUGGAUCUAAGAGCUGGUGACAAGGCCGCGCUUGUUGGAAAGCAGAAUGAGGCGGCUCUCCAAGCCCAGCUGGAUCUUUGGAACACCGAACAUGGCGAGUUCUACGCUGCUGGCAUUGAACCAUCCUUUAGCCCUCUCAAGGCCCGUGUCUACGACUCAUCCUGGAACUGGGCACGACAAGAUGCUCUCACCAUGUACUACGACAUUAUCUUUGGUCGCCUCACAGCUGUCGAUCGCGAGAUUGUGUCUCGCUGCAUUCUCAUCAUGAACCGCUCCAACCCCACCUUGCUCGAAUUUAUGCAGUACCACAUCGAUCACUGCCCCACAGAAAGAGGAGAGACAUACCAGCUUGCGAAAGAACUCGGCGAGCAGCUCAUUGAGAACUGCCGAGAGGUUCUUGGAGAAGCACCCGUCUACAAGGACGUUGCAGUCCCCACCGCACCGCAUCUCACUAUCUCUCCACGAGGUGACAUGAAGUAUGAGGAGGUUCCUCGAGCAAGCGUGCGCAAGCUUGAACACUACGUGCGCGAGAUGGCCGACGGUGGCAAGAUUUCUGAGUACGGCAACCGCACGAAGGUUCAAAACGACCUGCAACGAGUGUACAAGCUCAUUCGACAGCAACACAAGCUGUCGAAGUCCUCCCAGCUUGAGAUCAAGCAGCUGUACAGCAACAUCGUCCGUUCGCUCUCCAUGAACGAAGGACAGAUCAUGCCGACUGAGAAUGGCAAGAUGAACGGCCACGCCAAGAAGAACGGCCGCAACGGCAGCCGUGUCAACGGUGCUGUCAAGCAGGGCAAGAUCGAGACUGUCCCGUUCUUGCACCUCAAGCGCAAGGAAGAGCACGGCUGGGAAUACAGCAAGAAGCUCACCAGCAUCUACCUGGACGGUCUCGAGCAGGCUGCCAGGGGUGGUGUCACCUUCCAGAACAAGAACGUCCUCAUGACUGGUGCUGGCGCUGGCUCCAUCGGUGCUGAUGUCCUCCAAGGUCUCAUCAGCGGUGGUGCCAAGGUCAUUGUCACAACCUCUCGCUACUCCCGCGAAGUGACGGAGUACUACCAGUCCAUGUACGCUCGGUAUGGCGCUCGUGGAUCUCAGCUGGUCGUUGUUCCAUUCAACCAGGGCAGUGUUCAAGAUGUCAACGCGCUCAUCGACUACAUUUACGAUGAGAAGAUGGGCCUCGGCUGGGACCUUGACUACAUCGUUCCAUUCGCUGCUAUUCCAGAGAACGGGCGUGAGAUUGACAGCAUCGACAGCAAGUCCGAGUUGGCCCACCGUAUUAUGCUUACGAACCUCCUUCGAAUGCUCGGGUCUGUCAAGGCCCAGAAGGCAACCCGUGGCUUCGAGACUCGUCCAGCGCAGGUCAUUCUACCACUGUCACCCAACCACGGUACUUUCGGUAACGAUGGUCUGUACUCUGAGUCCAAGCUUGCUCUCGAGACCCUGUUCAACAGAUGGCACUCUGAGAGCUGGGGCAACUUCCUCACUAUCUGCGGUGCUGUCAUUGGCUGGACUCGUGGUACUGGCCUCAUGGGUGGCAACAACGUCGUUGCUGAAGGUGUCGAGAAGUACGGCGUUCGCACCUUCUCGCAACAAGAGAUGGCUUUCAACCUGCUUGGUCUCAUGGCUCCAUCCAUUGUCAACCUUUGCCAGCAAGAGCCUGUGUUCGCUGAUCUCAACGGUGGACUUCAGUUCUUGCCUAACCUGAAGGACCUCAUGACCCGACUUCGAAAGGAGAUCACUGAGACUGCCGAAAUCCGCAAGGCUGUCACUCGGGAGACCGCUGUUGAGAACAAGAUCAUCAAUGGCGAGGAUAGCGAGGCAUUCUACAAGACUGUCAAGGUCGACAAGCGUGCUAACUUGAAGUUUGACUUCCCCAAGCUUCCAGACUGGAAGAGCGAAGUCGAGCCACUCAACAGCGACCUCAAGGGCAUGGUUGAUCUUGAGAAGGUGGUUGUCGUUACCGGUUUCUCUGAAGUCGGUCCAUGGGGCAACUCAAGGACACGAUGGGAGAUGGAAGCUUACGGCCAGUUCUCGCUCGAAGGCUGCGUUGAGAUGGCCUGGAUUAUGGGCCUAAUCAAGAACUUCAACGGCCCACUGAAGGGAAAGAGCUACUCUGGUUGGGUCGACGCCAAGUCUGGCGAGCCUGUUGAUGACAAGGAUGUCAAGGCCAAGUAUGAGAAGCACAUCAUCGACCACUCUGGUAUCCGUCUCAUCGAGCCAGAGCUCUUCAAUGGCUACGACCCGAACAAGAAGCAGCUCCUCCAGGAGAUCCAGAUUGAAGAGGAUCUCGAUCCAUUCGAGGCAUCGAAGGAGACCGCCGAGGAGUUUAAGCGUGAGCAUGGCGACAAGGUCGAGAUCUUCGAGCUAGAGUCUGGCGAGUUCCAGGUUCGUCUCAAGAAGAACGCAACGCUCCUCAUUCCAAAGGCCCUCCGCUUCGACCGUCUUGUCGCUGGACAAGUGCCUACUGGAUGGGACGCUAAGCGCUAUGGUGUGCCGGACGACAUCAUCUCCCAGGUCGACCCAGUCACCCUCUACGUCCUUGUCUCGACCGCAGAGUGUCUCCUGUGCUCAGGUAUCACCGACCCCUACGAGUUUUACAAGUACGUGCACAUCUCCGAGGUUGGCAACUGUAUCGGUUCUGGUAUUGGUGGUACGACUGCUCUUCGUGGCAUGUACAAGGAUCGCUUCCUUGACAAGCCUCUCCAGAAGGACAUCUUGCAGGAGUCCUUCAUCAACACUAUGAGCGCAUGGAUCAACAUGUUGCUGAUCUCUUCGACCGGUCCAAUCCGCACUCCUGUCGGUGCUUGUGCCACUGCAGUUGAGUCUAUUGACAUCGGUUACGACUGCAUUGUUGAGGGCAAGGCACGCAUGUGUUUCGUCGGUGGUUUCGAUGACUUCCAAGAGGAAGGAUCAUACGAAUUCGCCAACAUGAAGGCCACCAGCAACGCUGAAGACGAGUUUGCUCACGGGCGUACACCCAAGGAGAUGUCUCGACCAACGACCACUACCCGUAAUGGCUUUAUGGAGUCUCAGGGUUGUGGUAUGCAAGUGAUCAUGGACGCACAACUCGCUCUCGACAUGGGUGUCCCGAUCUACGGUGUCCUUGGCUUCACCGCUACUGCCACUGACAAGAUCGGUCGUUCAGUUCCAGCACCAGGCCAGGGUGUGCUCACCACUGCCCGUGAGCAGCCAUCCAAGUUCCCCUCGCCACUACUCGACAUCAAGUACCGAAAGAGGCAACUGGACCUCCGCAAGAAGUCGAUCAAGAACUGGCAAGAGUCCGAGCUCAUGUACUUGCAUGAGGAGGUAUCGGCCAUGAAGCUGCAGAGCGGCGAGUUCGACGAAACCGAGUACAUGGAGGAUCGUGCGGGCCAUAUCGAGCGUGAGGCCAAGAGACAAGAAAAGGAAGCGCUCAGACAACUGGGCAAUCACUUCUGGAAGCAGGAUCCUCGUAUUGCUCCUCUCCGUGGUGCCCUCGCCACCUGGGGUCUAACGAUUGACGAUCUUGAUGUUGCUUCAUUCCACGGCACAUCCACCGUCGCCAACGACAAGAACGAGUCUGACGUCAUUUGCCAGCAGAUGAAGCAUCUUGGCCGCAAGAAGGGCAAUGCCCUCAUGGGUAUCUUCCAGAAGUACCUCACCGGUCAUCCAAAGGGUGCUGCAGGUGCUUGGAUGUUCAACGGCUGUCUACAAGUUCUCAACUCUGGUCUUGUACCGGGUAACAGGAACGCCGACAAUGUCGACAAGGUUAUGGAAAAGUUCGAUUACAUCGUCUACCCCAGCCAGAGCAUUCAGACCGAUGGCAUCAAGGCGUUCUCGGUCACCUCUUUCGGUUUCGGUCAAAAGGGCGCACAAGCGAUCGGUAUCCACCCCAAGUACCUGUUCGCCACCCUUGAUCAUGCACAGUUCCAGACCUACAAGCAGAAGGUUGAGGCUCGCCAGAAGAAGGCAUACCGAUACUACCACGACGGUCUCAUUAACAACACCAUGUUCCGCGCGAAGAGCAAGUCGCCUUACGAGGACGCUCAGCAGAGCCAGGUGUUCCUCAACCCAGAGGCCCGUGUCACGACCGACAAAAAGACGUCGGAGUUCACGUACCCAAAGUCGGUGCCAAAGAAGGUGCAAGACAAGAGCACCACCGAGAUGGUUGAGACGUUGAUGAAGGUCAAUGCUUCGGCCAACUCCAACCCGGGUGUUGACAUCGAGAAUGUUGAUGCUAUUGACAUCCACAACGACACCUUCAUCGAUCGCAACUUCACCGAAGCUGAGAUUGCAUAUUGUCGAAAGGCACCAUCGCCACAGGCCAGCUUUGCCGGCAAGUGGAGCGCAAAGGAGGCUGUCUUCAAGAGCUUGAAGGUGUCGAGCCAAGGAGGUGGGGCACCACUGAAACAGAUUGAGAUCACGAACAGUGAGACAGGAGCACCAGUUGUUACACUCCACGGCAACGCCAAAGCGGCCGCAACCAAAGCCGGUGUCAAGUCGACCACCGUCAGCAUCAGCCACAGCGAUGCUCAAGUGAUUGCCGUCGCAAUCUCCGCGUUCUAG